AUGGACAACGGCGCAAUCUUCACGUACAAGAACGACUUUGGCGGCGAGUGGUCUGAGGAUCCCAAGAAGCCUUUCCAGGGAGGUGGUCGUGCGCAGGCCUGGAGUCCGAGCAUCGGUCGCAACGAGACAUGGACCUGGGGCAAGGACAUCAUCCGCGGCGUGAACCUUGGGGGCUGGCUCGUUACUGAGCCUUUCGUGUCGCCGGCACUCUACGAGAAGUACGUGAACAAGACCGACAUCUACGUUGCGGACGAGUGGACGCUGUGCCUCGCCAUGGGCGCCGACGGUGCGGAGGAACUCGAGGGUCACUAUAAGACCUUCAUCACGGAGCGCGACUUCGCCGAGAUUGCUGCCGCCGGCCUGAACUGGGUCCGCAUCCCGAUCGGCUUCUGGGCUAUCGAGGCGAUCAACGACGAGCCCUUCCUCGUCGGGACCAGCUGGGGCUACUUCCUCAAGGCAGUCGAGUGGGCGCGCAAGUACGGCAUCCGCAUCUACCUGGACUUGCACUCGCUUCCUGGAAGUCAAAAUGGCUGGAAUCACUCGGGCAGAAUGGGCGCGGUCAACUUCAUGCACGGCACCAUGGGCCUCGCGAAUGCACAGCGCACGCUCACCUACCUCCGUAUCCUCGUCGAGUUCGUCAGCCAGGCGCAGUACCGCGAGGUCGUUCCCAUCGUUGGCAUCGUCAACGAGAUCCUCUGGAGCGCGAUCGGCGAGACCGGCGUCAAGAGCUGGUACCAGGUCGCGUACGACACCAUCAGGGAAUCUACCGGCAUGGGCGAGGGCCCGUACAUCGUCGUUCACGAUGGCUUCCAGGGGCCGCCCAAGUUCGAGGGCUUCAUGGAGGGCGCCGACAGGCUCAUUCUGGACCAGCACCCGGUGAGUAUAAGCAUUGGAAACGAGAUGACGAUGGCUGACAUCGCCGUGCAGUACAUCGCUUUCCAGAACGACCACACCAGCUCCGAUUGGGCCAUUGCAACCAAUCAGUCCUCCAAGGUCUUCGGCAUCACCCUCGGUGGCGAGUUCAGCGCGGCGAUCAACGACUGUGGUUACUGGUUGAGCGGCAUCGGUUCCGUCCCUGGCUAUCCUGAUUGUGGUCCCUUCGACGAUUGGCACAACUACAACGACACGAUGAAGGGCGUCCUGAACGACAUGGCGCUCGCGAGCAUGGACGCGCUCCAGAACUGGUUCUUCUGGACAUGGAAGAUCGGCAACUCGACCACGCUUGGCACGUCCAGCAGCCCGAUGUGGCACUACAAGCUGGGCCUGCAGGAGGGGUGGAUUCCGAAGGACCCCCGCUCUGCUAGCGGCUACUGCGCCGCCAAGCUCGGAAAGACUCAGGAGUUCGACGGCAACUACCCGGCUUCUGCCACUGGGCAGGGCAACGGCACCCUCGCCUCAACAGUCGCCUUCCCGCCGCAUACCAUGGAGCCGUCGUUCACCGGGACGCAGAUAGCGCUGCUGCCGACGUACACGCCGACGGGGACCGUGCAUUCGCUCUUCGGUCCGACGUUCACGGCUGCGCCGUCCGCGGUGGUGGGCACGGGAUGGAACAACACUGCGGACACGCAGCUGGCGUAUGUACCGGUAUCUGGAUGCGCGUAUCCUGACGCAUGGAAUGCGACAGACGCCCCUCUCCCAACGGCAACAUGCACAGGCUCCUGAGGAAAAUUGCUGGACGGACAAGUAUCAUCAGGAAUCGGACAUGGAUUUACGACUGUUGCACUUCCCCCACUACACAUUCUGUCGCGUUAGGGCGCAGAACUACGCCCUGUAAUCGACCUUCAUAGACGGACUGCGCUCCUUUGUCUCUCAGUAUAUACGGGACGAAUCGUAUCAUGCGUAUCGACAUGC